AUCAAUUGAAAUAUUUUAUUGCAAAACAAACCCACCAUGAGAGCGGGAGAAGUUCAGGAAAAGCUUCAAAAACCGGGAAAUUCACUAUCAGGGAAGGUUCUCCUGGGCAUAACAGGAGGACUGGGAAUUGCAAUAACUUGCGUGGCUAUUCCCUUCGUUUCACCUGCCUUCCGGAGGAUCUGUCUUCCUUACGUUCCUGCCACAACUGCUCAGGUUGAGAAUGUCUUAUCAGCUUUACAGAGAGCUGGGAAUGUGCCAAAGGGGUCAAAGAAUCUCCUCCUGGACAUUGGAUCCGGAGACGGAAGGAUUGUUAUUGCUGCUGCUAGGAAUGGCUAUAAAUCCCACGGGGUGGAGUUAAACAGAUGGCUGGUACACUACUCCCGCAUCUCUGCCCUCCAAGCAGGCGUCUGGGGCAACGUGAAAUUCUUCCGGAAGGAUCUGUGGCGCUUCAAUCUCUCCCCCUACAGUCACAUUGUCAUCUUCGGCGUGGACUGCAUGAUGGAGGAUCUGGAAAAGAAACUCCAGGCUGAAAUUACAGACAACUGCACCAUUGUAGCCUGUAGAUUCCCUUUCCCAACGCUCCAACCCUGCCACACCAUUGAUGCUGGAGUUGACAGCGUCUGGACGUACACGAUAGAGAAGAAAUUGACUGAGGAACAUCCACAAAGAUGAUCAACACACAACAAGAUAAUUCUCUGUAGUUGAUUUUAAUUAAUUUCAUGUUAAAUAGUUCUGUAAGAUCACAAUGCAAAUUGUUAGGAGAAUGAAAGAUAUUUUUUGAGGAGAAAAAUGCAUUUUUGGGUCAUUUAUUCUCUAUGAUUGAUAUUUUAGUUAAUUUUGCAUUAUUUUUACAAUUUUUUUGUUAACUUUUCCCAUCGAAAAAAUUCCUUAAAAAACGAAGAAAUUUUAAUUAAAUUUUCCCCACAAUUUUGUUCAAUUUGUUCCAA